UGCGGUGUUGUUUUUAUUUGUUAUAUAGCUUUAUGCCAGUAUAUACAGGCCUCUAAAACCCGAGAUGGUGCCAGCCGUUUCAUUUCAAGUGCAACAGAAGGGGAGAACUUUGAUCAGACUCCGUUAAGACGCACAUUUAAGUCCAAAGUUCUUGCUCGUUAUCCUGAGAAUGUUGAAUGGAACCCUUUUGACCAGGAUGCAGUGGGAAUGCUGUGUAUGCCUAAAGGGCUUGCUUUCAAGACGCAAGCAGAUUCUAGAGAACCUCAGUUCCACUCUUUUAUUAUUACUCGAGAAGAUGGCUCGCGGACAUUUGGAUUUUCUCUCACGUUUUUUGAGGAAGUUACUAGCAAGCAGAUCUGCAGUGCAAUGCAGACAUUGUAUCAUAUGCACAAUGCUGAAUAUGACAUUCUUCAUACUCCACCCACAAAUGACAAAGAUAGCUGCAGUAGCACUGGAGACUGCAACGGCACUUCUAUUUCAAAGCUACAGCGUUUUAACUCGUAUGACAUUAGCAGAGACACGCUCUAUGUCUCAAAGUGCAUUUGUUUGAUUACUCCGAUGUCUUUCAUGAAAGCUUGUAAGAAAGUACUAGAACAACUUCACCAAGCAGUGACUUCGCCUCAGCCACCACCUCUACCUUUAGAAAGCUACAUCUACAAUAUUCUCUACGAGGUUCCUCUUCCUCCAGCAGGAAGGUCAUUAAAAUUUUCAGGAGUUUAUGGACCAAUUAUCUGCCAGAGGCCAAGCACCAAUGAACUACCAUUAUUUGAUUUCCCGGUUAAAGAAGUAUUUGAGUUGCUUGGAGUCGAAAAUGUGGUUCAACUCUUUACCUGUGCUCUCUUGGAAUUUCAGAUAUUGCUUUAUUCACAGCAUUAUCAGAGACUGAUGACUGUGGCAGAGACCAUUACAGCACUAAUGUUUCCAUUUCAGUGGCAGCAUGUGUAUGUUCCUAUCCUUCCUGCAUCGCUCCUUCAUUUUCUAGAUGCUCCUGUCCCUUAUCUGAUGGGCUUGCACUCCAAUGGACUGGAUGACAGGUCUAAGCUGGAGCUUCCUCAAGAGGCUAACCUUUGCUUUGUGGAUGUAGACAACCAUUUCAUCGAGCUGCCAGAAGACUUGCCCCAGUUCCCAAAUAAGCUUGAGUUUGUACAGGAAAUUUCAGAGAUACUAACGGCUUUUGGAAUUCCUCCUGAGGGAAAUCUUCAUUAUAGUGAAAGUGCUUCAAAGAUGAAGAGCCUCAGAGCAUGUGACCUGGUUUCUGAUAAAAGAAAUGGGAACGUAGCAGGAUCACCUUUGAAUUCCUAUGAGCUGCUAAAGGAAAAUGAGACCAUUGCAAGACUCCAAGCACUGGUUAAAAGAACAGGUGUGAGCCUAGAAAAGCUGGAGGUGCGAGAGGAGACCAGCAGCAAAAAGGAUCUUAAAAUUCAGUGUGAUGAAGAGGAAUUCAAGAUUUACCAGCUGAAUAUUCAAAUUCGUGAAAUUUUUGCCAACCGCUUCACACAGAUGUUUGCUGAUUAUGAAGUAUUUGUCAUUCAACCCAGUCAGGACAAAGAAUCUUGGUUUACAAACAGGGAACAGAUGCAAAACUUUGAUAAAGCAUCUUUCUUGUCAGACCAGCCUGAGCCUUACUUGCCCUUCCUCUCAAGAUUCCUGGAGACACAAAUGUUUGCAUCUUUUAUUGAUAAUAAGAUUAUGUGCCAUGAUGAAGAUGAUAAGGAUCCUAUUUUGAGAGUAUUUGAUUCAAGAGUGGAUAAAAUUAGGCUGCUGAAUGUUAGAACACCGACUCUCCGCACAUCUAUGUAUCAGAAAUGCACAACCAUUGAUGAAGCUGAGAAAUCAAUUGAGUUAAGACUAGCAAAAAUAGAUCACACAGCAGUCCAUCCACACUUGCUGGACAUGAAAAUUGGACAAGGGAAGUAUGAACUUGGAUUUUUUCCCAAACUUCAGUCUGAUGUUCUAUCCACUGGACCAGCAAGCAACAAGUGGACAAAGAGAAAUGCUCCUGCGCAGUGGAGGCGGAAGGAUAGACAGAAGCAGCAUACAGAGCACUUGCGUCUUGACAACGAUCAGAGAGAGCACCUGGACUUUUCCAUGCCAGAGCUUCAGUUGCAGUUAUGUUUAGACUGGGACCAGCAUGAUUGGCCCUUCAUGCCCUCUAUAAAAUCUGUGUCAGAACAUUAUCUGAAGUAUAUCCAAGAAGCCAGGAACUUGGGCAGCACUAUUCGGCAGCCAAAGCUGUCAAAUCUCUCUCCAUCAGUAAUUGCACAAACUAACUGGAAGUUUGUAGAAGGCUUGUUGAAGGAAUGCCGAAAUAAGACCAAGAGGAUGCUAGUUGAAAAAAUGGGACGAGAAGCUGUGGAGCUAGGUCAUGGUGAAGUGAAUAUCACAGGUGUAGAAGAGAAUACCCUAAUAGCUAGUCUGUGUGACCUCUUAGAAAGGAUAUGGAGCCAUGGUCUGCAAGUCAAACAGGAUAGAAGCUGUACUGCUUUCGUCUUAGAAGACAGAGCAUCAGUAUACUCUGCUUCAACUCAGAUUUGGGCCUUUCAGACCACCAGACGGCCAACCCUACAUAAGGGGAAGUCUGCUUUGUGGUCUCAUCUGCUACAUUACCUUGAAAACAGGCAGAGGAAAACAACAUCAGGCAGUUUCAGUACCUCAGGUAAGAUUAUCUUCUCCUAGAAGGUGAUAAUAAAAAGAAACAACUACUAAGGUCUGCUUGCAGAUUUGCACCGUCCAAAUUAUUUCCCUGGACAUAGCCUUCACUUAAGGUAACUGAAUCCAGCAUUCUGUUUGCUACAGAAUUAAUAUGGACAUGAUGUAUUGUCUCAGUAUAUCUUGUGAAAAGUAAACUUAUUUGGAUUGAGCCUACUUAUUUGUGAUUGCAGUAUUCAGACACCAGGAAUAUCUGGUGCUUCAGAGAUGCAUUAAAAUGGAUCUGCUCCAUUGUAAAAUCCUCUGUAUGACUCCUAGUCACUGCCGAUUGGCAAAGCAUAUUAUGUCAUAGAUAGGGUUAGGGGAACACAUGGAAGCACAGAAUUGUGUUAUACUGUAUUUA